AUGGCCAAGAGUACUUCUGCGAGCCUCGACAAAUGGAGGGAGUAUUUCCGGACGGCGAGCUCGGACAUCUUCGACAUAAUCGAGAAGGCAAUAAUGGUGGCCGCCUCCGAUUGUCCCUACGACUUCAAACUGAAGAGGGAUCGUAUAGCAGAGGUGCUCUUCGCCUGCAAAAUCACGAGGUGUUUUGGGUGCGAGAAAAUGGAGCUGGCCGUUCCCGGCGGCGGCGAGUGCCCGGAGAAAAGCGUGGAUAAGUACAAGAGUGGGAUUGAGGCCGGCGGGAGCAAGGACACGAAAGAGAGUAAAGUGAACAGCAGUAACAGAGAUUGUGAUGACGAUGACGAUGAUAAUGAUGAUGAUAAUAACAGGGAGGUUAUGGAGAUGAAUGUGAAUCAGGUUAGGGAUGAUAGUUAUGGUGAUGUUGAGGCACUUAAUGAUGAGAUUGAGGAAGAAUCUCAGUUUUAUGGGGAGGCUUUGAGGAUCAAGGAGGUUCUUGAUAACUAUAAAGAUGAGUCUGACUCAUGGUUGUUUGAUUCACUGAGGAGGCUCCAGCUGAUGCCUUUGUCUGUGGAGACUCUCAAGGCUACAGAGAUUGGUAAAUCGGUUAAUAUUCUGCGGAAGCAUGGUUCGACCGAAAUUAGAAAUCUCGCUCGGUCAUUGAUUGAGGACUGGAAAAUAAUGGUUGAUUCGUGGGUUGAUGCUACAAAAGCCAUUGCAGAUGCCGAAACUCGACCUGAAUCUGUGAAAACUUCUGUUGUUGAAGAAGAAGAAGAGGAAGGACUGCCCUCUCCUCCAUUAGACGAGGGAGCUUUUUUCACCACCCCAACUUCAAUGGAGCUUAUGUAUGCUUUUCUGAUUGGGAAUAACCGUUUUUCAGAUCCUCGUAACUGUGGCGAAUUCAACAAUAACCGUGAAAAGGGCAGAAAUAAACCGAACAUUGAGAAACCAGGCGCUCGUAAGCCGAAAAUCGAGAGUCGAGAGGAGAAAAGGGACGAAGAGUAUAGAAAUCAAGAAACUAUGUUGAGAAAACCAUCCCAAUUAGCACAAGCUCUUCCUAAGCCGAAUGGGCCUCUCGGCAGCCAGCGUGGCCCGGGCAUACCUAAACCUUCCAAUUACGAGUCGGGCCCCGGUAGACCAAAACCAGCGAUCAAGCCUAAGCCCAACGGCGAGAUUAAGGCCCAGCAAAAAUUUGAAAUGGGUUCUGUCCAGAGGAAGCCCAUGCCUUCUCAAAAGGAGAAGCUAAAUUGUAGCAACGAGACCUCGUCUCACAUGAAAUUGGAGGCUGCAAAGAGAAAGCUGCAGGAACGAUAUCAAGAAGCCGAGAACGCCAAAAAGCAACGAACGAUACAAGUUGUGGAAUUGCGUGACCUCCCGAAACAGAGUGUUGUUCAGAGGAAUCCACAAAUGAGGCCCGGCAGCAACCACAAUAACAGGAACUGGGCAAACGGGCGACGAUAG